GUGCUAGACACGGUAGAGUACCCACCAGCACACCUUCCAUGACCAAUUACCAAUAAAUUUCUCAUUUUUCCUGUCAACCUUACCAUUUUAAUAUGCAGUUUUAAGCUUGCUCUCAAACUUAGAUUAUGUAGACUUUCUUUCAUUCCAUCUCCAUUCAUGUACUCUUGCCCACUUAAGGCUUUGUUUUCAAUUCUAUCUCUGAGAUAGGACCUCAACUUAAUGGAAUGGAGCAAGCAGAGUACUGGAUGUGGACUAAAAGAAAGCAUAGUUUGAGUUCUCAUUUUCAAUCGUCAAAUACAUGUUAUGAUUCAUGGGAAGAACAAGCUUUUGCAGAAGAUGCAGCAGGGUCUUUAGGAGGGUGUGUAUGGCCCCCGAGAUCUUAUUCCUGCAGCUUUUGUAGAAGAGAAUUUAGGUCAGCACAAGCUCUAGGUGGUCACAUGAAUGUCCAUAGGAGGGAUAGAGCUAGACUAAAGCAGUAUCCAUGUCCUGAAGAUGAAAUUCAUGAUCAUGAUCCAUACCAAAAUAACCACAAUCACCUUAAAAAUCCCUUUGAAUCUUUGAGUUUUCAAUACCCACCUGAAGUUUGUACCUUGGUUUAUAAGCCUAACCCUAGUUCUGAUCUGCCUACUAUCCUAUCACCCUCCUCACCAUCUAGGGUUUCAGCUCCUCUUAGCCAGGAGUAUUGCCAUGAAAAGGCCUUUCUCCCUCAUUUUUCUUCUCCAAUAGUUGAAGAUCAUCGCAAGAGAUCACCUAUUUCUUCCCCUCAGUCAUGGUCAAACUCAGUAGCAGAGAGAUGUCACCACAUCUUUGAUCUGAAGAAUGAUGGAGAGAAGAAUUCUAGAAUUCUAAAAGCAGAAAGUAGGCAUACAGCGGAUUAUUUGAAAACCAAUUUGUCAGUGAGCUUGAAUUUGGUUAUCAGGCCAACACACUGGAAUUUAUCUGGUUACAAGGAGGAGGCUUUUAGUUGCAAGAGAAGGAGAACAGAAGAGUCAUCACUGCCUUUCUUCCUGAAGCCGAGUUUAACUGAUGAUAAGCAUGGCCUUCAAUCAGAAGAUUAUGAACUUGGCGGCAGCCCGAUCGAGGACUUAGAUCUUGAACUCAGGCUCGGUGACCCGCCCAAGGUAAAGUAAUAAUAGAACCAGAAGUGGCUGACACUUGUCUCAGUGACUUGUUACUGUCUGUUCUCCUCAUUUUUCCUUUCUAGGCCUCUUGCUUUUCUCGUAAAUCAUUUUGCUUUCUCAAUAAAUUAUACAAUAAAAUUAUGUGUAAAUAAAUUAUAAAAAUUAAAAAGUUUAUGAUUGAUGAUA